CAGGCUGUGCUGAACCAUCGAACAAAAUUAGCCCCAAAACCCACAUUGGAAUACCGCAGCUUUCUUCGACAAUGGCGAUAUCAACACUCCACAGACUCUCCUCCCAAAUCCACCGUCUUCCCUCUCUCUCUCCAUCUCUAUUUUCCAGAUCCUCCGCCACCGCUGCAACCGCCACCACUGCAACCACCACCGCAUCCAAGAAGGUCGCAGAUCGAAUCGUAAAGCUCUUCGCCAUUGAUCAGGAGGGACAGAAGCGCGAGGUUGUCGGGCUCACCGGCCAGACCCUCCUUCGUGUUCUUGCCAAUAGCGGACUGAUCGAACCCGCCUCCCAUCGCCUCGAGGAGAUCGACGCCUGCUCCGCUGAAUGCGAAGUCAACAUCGCCGAGGAGUGGCUUGAAAAGCUCCCUCCACGCUCCUACGACGAGGAGUACGUCUUGAAGCGCAAUUCCCGGGCUCGCGUCUUGAACAAGCACUCCCGUCUCGGCUGCCAGGUCGUGCUCACGCCUGAGCUCCAAGGUAUGGUUGUUGCUGUCCCCGAGCCUAAGCCCUGGGAUAUUCCAUAAAAUGAAAGAGGGAAUACCUGGUUUUUUCUUGUGGUCUUCUUCUGCUGGGAGUAAUAAUGUCAACAAUUUGGGACCCUAAAACAUGUUUAUUUUCCCUUUUCUUCACUGCCCAUGUUAUUUGGCGUAUGUUGGAAUUUGAAAUCUAUCAUUGUAUGAAUUUUUACUGCCUAUUAGGAAUGGCAAAGGUUAUGUCAAUUUGGAUUUCUUGCAUGUCUACACUCUGUUAGCUUGCUGAAAAUGGUGGCAAAAAUCAAAUUCUAAGAAAAAUUGUGACUAGUU